UCGAUCUGUUGGAUAUCGUUUUGGGCCACACCUUGGUGAGUCUGUUCCAUUGCUUAUCAAUUACUGCAAGAGUGCAUCAGAAUCUGAUGAAGAACUUCGUGAAUACAGCUUGCAGGCAUUGGAGAGUUUUCUGCUUAGAUGUCCAAGGGACAUAUCUCCUUACUGUGAUAAUAUUUUAAAUCUAACUUUGGAGUAUUUAAGCUAUGACCCCAACUUUACUGAUAACAUGGAGGAGGACACUGAUGAAGAAGGGAAUGAGGAGGAGGAAGAUGAUGAAAGUGAAAAUGAGUAUACUGAAUACUGAUGACGAGGAUGCAAGCUGGAAAGUUCGAAGAGCAGCUGCCAAAUGCUUGCAGGCAAUUAUUGUAUCACGGCCGGAGAUGCUUACAAUGUUGUAUGCAGAGGCAUGCCCCAAGCUGAUUGAAAGAUUCAAAGAAAGAGAAGAGAAUGUCAAGAUGGACGUAUUUAAUACAUUUAUCGAGUUGCUACACCAGACUGGUAAUGUGUCAAAGGGACAGGUCGACAUUAAUGAGUCAGGUCCACGAUGGUUGUUGAAUCAAGAAGUGCCAAAAAUUGUGAAAUCGAUCAAUAGACAACUCCGUGAAAAAUCUAUUAAAACAAAGGUUGGAGCAUUCUCAGUGUUGAAAGAACUUGUGCUUGUCUUACCUAAUUGUCUUGCUGAGCAUAUCAGUGCUCUUGUUUCAGGGAUUGAAAAGGCUUUAACUGACAAAUCUUCCACUUCAAACUUAAAGAUAGAGGCCCUUGUUUUCACCAGAUUGGUUAUGGCUUCACAUUCACCAUCUGUAUUUCAUCCGUACAUCAAGGCUCUCUCUAGUCCUGUUCUAUCUGCUGUUGGUGAAAGAUACUAUAAAGUAACUGCUGAAGCAUUAAGGGUUUGCGGAGAAUUAGUUCGUGUACUUCGCCCUAAUUUUGAGACUUCCAUGCCAGACUUCAGACCAUAUGUUAGCCCUAUCUAUAGUGCCAUAUUGGCUCGCUUGGCAAAUCAAGAUCAAGAUCAGGAGGUUAAAGAAUGUGCAAUAUCUUGCAUGAGCCUUGUGAUAUCAACUUUUGGUGACAACCUUCAAAAGGAUCUACCAGCUUGCCUUCCCAUACUAGUUGAUAGGAUGGGAAAUGAGAUCACCAGGCUAACAGCUGUGAAGGCAUUUGCUGUAAUUGCGAACUCGCCUCUGCGCAUAAACCUCUCAUGUGUUUUGGAACAAGUUGUUUCUGAACUGACGGGAUUCCUGCGGAAGGCUAACAGAGCCUUGAGACAAGCAACAUUGGGCACACUCAACUCCCUAGUAGUUGCAUAUGGCGAGCAAAUUAGCUCAACAACUUAUGAAGUUAUAAUAGUGGAACUUUCAACACUUAUAAGUGAGGCAGACUUACAUAUGACUGCACUUGCUCUGGAACUUUGCUGCACGAUGAUGAUGGCCAAAAUAUCUAGUCAAAGUGUUGGUGUGACUGUUAGUCAUAAAGUUCUUCCUCAAGCUCUUAUACUAAUCAGGAGCUCGCUGUUGCAGGGUCAAGCUUUGCAAGCAUUACAGAGAUUCUUUGCUUCCUUGGUUCAUUCAGCAAAUACAAGCUUUGAUUCACUAUUAGAUUCCCUCCUUUCAAGUGCUAAGCCUUCACCACAGUCUGGUGGUCUUGCUAAACAGGCUCUUCAUUCUGUUGCACAGUGUGUUGCUGUACUUUGCUUAGCAGCUGGUGAUCAGAAAUGUGCAUCCACUGUAGACAUGCUGAAAGGAAUUCUGAAAGAUGAUAGCAAUAUGAAUUCUGCUAAACAACACCUGGCAUUGCUAUGUCUGGGAGAAAUUGGAAGAAGGAAGGAUCUAAGCGUACAUGUGCACAUUGAGAAUAUUGUUAUUGAGUCAUUCCAGUCUCCUUUUGAAGAGAUAAAAUCUGCAGCUUCAUAUGCUCUUGGAAACAUUGCUGUGGGCAAUCUAUCUAAAUAUCUUCCAUUUAUCUUGGAUCAAAUUGACAAUCAACAAAAAAAACAAUACCUUUUGCUUCAUUCUUUGAAAGAGGUUAUUGCUAGACAAUCUAUUGAUCAGCCUGGCAAUCUUUUAUUUAUUUGGUUCUUUCCACGAUGGUUGUUGAAUCAAGAAGUGCCAAAAAUUGUGAAAUCGAUCAAUAGACAACUCCGUGAAAAAUCUAUUAAAACAAAGGUUGGAGCAUUCUCAGUGUUGAAAGAACUUGUGCUUGUCUUACCUAAUUGUCUUGCUGAGCAUAUCAGUGCCCUUGUUUCAGGGAUUGAAAAGGCUUUAACUGUAAGUUAUUGCUUGGUGCUUUAG